AUGAAGAUAAAGCGGAUAAUUGAGCUGAUCAAGCGAUGCAAUGACCAACCGAUUAUAUUUCACAGACUAUAUGGGCACUUAGCGCAUGCUCUGAAGAGUGUGGACUACUUGCAUGAGCUGAAUGACGAUUGGUCUCGGAUGGUGAUAUAUGGUGUGGUUCGGAGCAAGUAUGCUAACCAAGGGCUUGAAGGAAAGGUGAUGGUAUUUCUGAAGGGACACCGCCCGCCUGUGGAGAGUAGUGAGGUGAGAUUGAGGAUAUGGAUUGUUCUGUAUUACAUGAAGAAUAGAACGGUGAGUCAAUUGAAUCACAUGAUAGUAUUUGAGCUUGUGAGUAAUUUUAUGGGGAUGACGAGCUUUAUUGAUGGACUUAUUAUAUCUGUGCUUGCGAUAGCAACAACAGGACCGAGUUUUGGAGCGGUAGGAAACAAGAAACUAAGAGAGGAGUGUAUUGAGCAUCUUCUUGAGCAAGUGAAGAAGAAGAACUUGUCUCUUAUGAACAGAGCAAUGGCAAUUCCAUGCUACUUUGGACAUGAGAAGGAACCGCCUCUGGUAGUAGAUGCAGUGAUGGAAGAGAAUCUAAUGAGUGUGGUGAUUCUUGAACGUGUGUGUUUUUAUGCAAAAUUUGCUAAGGACUCAAGAUUUGUUAAACAGAUUGUGCCUGAUGAUCAUAUGUUUAUUGAAUCGCUCAGGAAGUAUAUCAACAGGCAGUUUAUGAGAGAUAAUGUGAAAAGAGGAUGUGCAGUAUCAGAGUGUGUUGUUGAGGACACAGGUGUUUUUGAUGCAAUUCGAAGGGCGUAUGGAAAGGCUGGAAACAAGCAGAGGUUUUUAAGCAAGGUUGUUGAGUUUGUGACAGGAUUGGAUAAUGAGCAGUGA